AUGAAAGUCCAUACAGCAACAUUCUUGGCCUCUUCAAUUUCUGGCCUUUCUUUAAUUGCUAGUCUUGUAUUUAUUGCAAAUAUAUGUUCAGAUGUUGCCCAAUUGUGGCUAGAUCUUGACCAAGAAAUUGGGGUUUUCAGAGCCGAGACUGAUGAUCUAUGGAGAGAUAUGGUGAAUAUUGGGCGUUCACGUCAACGCCGUGAUACUGGCUACGAAGAAAAGCCAGCGAAGAAAGGAUAUGAUGAGGGAGUUAAUGCCCCAGCAGCACCAACAGGAGUACAACCACCAAGUGUUCCACCUAGUAUUCAAUCUAGUUCACCUGGAUCAGGAGGAUGUAAUUGUCUAACUGGUGCUGCAAAUAAAUGCCCAGCAGGACCACCUGGACCUAAAGGAGUAUCAGGGCCACCAGGAAAAGACGGAUUGGAUGGUCAACCUGGAGUUAACGGUAAAGAUGCGUUGGAUGUGACACCUGAUGUGCCAAAACCGGGAUGUUUCAAUUGCCCUGCUGGACCUCAAGGCCAACCUGGCCCAGUCGGACGUACUGGACCUAAAGGUCAUCCAGGAGCGAAAGGACAGCCAGCCCAUGCUGGACGUGAUGGAAACCCUGGCCCACCUGGAGAGUCAGGCCCGCCCGGUCCAGUUGGACCACCUGGUUCCAUCGGAUUGCCCGGAGAGAAGGGACGUGAUGCUGAACAACCAAUUGGUCGCCAAGGUCCUCGUGGACCAAAAGGCCCGCAAGGCCCUCGUGGCCCGGAAGGUGAUGCGGGAAUAAGUGCCCCAGCUGGAGAAGCUGGACCUCAAGGACCCCCUGGCGGUCCUGGACCUCAAGGUUCACCAGGAAACCAAGGCACGCCUGGUGAGGAAGGAAAUCCUGGACGAACUGGACGUGACGCUGAAUAUUGUCCUUGUCCUCAACGUUCAGCUGAAGUUAAAGGUGGAAAGGGAUAUGGAAGGAAAGCUUAAAUAUUGUGAAGAUAGAAGAAAAGAAAUAAAAAAAAUUGUGAUA